AUGGAGAAGAUUGGAAGCCUUCAUGUUCUAAAUGACGACCAUGAAAACCGGAAACUCGCCUACAAACUUCCAAGGUGGGCAAGUAAUCGCUGGAGUCGAUUUGCAUUUCAUUGGAAAGAAGAGAAUGAAACUUUCCCUCCCUUUUCAGAGUUUAAGUUCGUGGUGAAAGAAGCAGACACUGCUUGCGACUCCGUGUUAUCUUCACCACUCCCCAAGAAAGAAGACAAUGGUAGGAUACGAUACGAGAGAAACAAGCCAAAGAGACAAUGGCUUCCCCAAAGAAAAUCACAUGAUGUCAGUACAUUUAAGACAACUACUACUGAUGAGAACAAAGGCACUGAUGACAAGAAGUAG